AUGCGCCAACAUUCGCGCAUGGCCGUUGCUGCUUUGGCAGCAGGAGCAAACGCAGCUUCUUUCACCGAUGUGUGCACCGUAUCCAACGUGAAGGCUGCCUUGCCUGCCAACGGAACUCUGCUCGGCAUCAGCAUGAUCCCGUCUGCCGUCACAGCCAGUCCUCUCUACAACCAGUCCGCCGGCAUGGGUAGCACCACGACCUAUGACUACUGCAAUGUGACUGUCGCCUACUCGCAUACCGGCAAGGGCGACAAGGUGGUCAUCAAGUAUGCAUUCCCCAAACCUUCCGACUACGAGAAUCGCUUCUACGUUGCUGGUGGAGGAGGCUUCUCUCUAUCCAGCGAUGCAACCGGAGGUCUCGCCUAUGGCGCUGUUGGAGGUGCCACCGAUGCUGGAUACGACGCCUUCGAUAACAGUUACGACGAGGUAGUCCUCUAUGGAAACGGAACUAUCAACUGGGACGCCACCUACAUGUUCGCAUACCAGGCGCUGGGAGAGAUGACCCAAAUCGGAAAGUACAUCACCAAGGGCUUCUACGGCGACAGCAAGCUCUACACCUACUACGAGGGUUGCUCCGACGGAGGACGUGAGGGCAUGAGUCAAGUUCAGCGUUGGGGUGAGGAGUACGACGGUGUGAUUACUGGUGCCCCGGCCUUCCGUUUCGCUCAGCAACAGGUUCACCAUGUGUUCUCCUCCGAAGUGGAACAGACCCUGGACUACUACCCGCCUCCGUGUGAGCUGAAGAAGAUCGUGAACGCAACCAUUGCUGCUUGCGACCCGCUUGAUGGAAGAACCGACGGUGUCGUGUCCCGGACAGAUCUUUGCAAACUCCACUUCAACUUAACCUCCAUCAUCGGCGAACCGUAUCACUGUGAUGCGGAGACGAGCACCUCUCUUGGUUUCGGCUUCAGCAAUGGCAAGCGCAGCAAUGUUAAGCGCCAGGCCGAGGGCAGCACCACCAGCUACCAGCCCGCCCAGAAUGGCACGGUUACCGCACGCGGUGUAGCGGUCGCCCAGGCCAUCUACGAUGGUCUCCACAACAGCAAGGGCGAGCGUGCGUACCUCUCCUGGCAGAUCGCCUCCGAGCUGAGCGAUGCUGAGACCGAGUACAACUCUGACACUGGCAAGUGGGAGCUCAACAUCCCGUCGACCGGUGGUGAGUACGUCACCAAGUUCGUUCAGCUCCUGGACCUCGACAACCUGUCGGAUCUGAACAACGUUACUUAUGACACCCUGGUGGACUGGAUGAACACCGGUAUGGUGCGCUACAUGGACAGCCUUCAGACCACCCUCCCUGAUCUGACUCCCUUCCAAUCGUCCGGCGGAAAGCUGCUGCACUACCACGGUGAAUCCGACCCCAGUAUUCCCGCUGCCUCCUCAGUCCACUACUGGCAGGCGGUUAGGUCCGUCAUGUACGGCGACAAGACGGAAGAGGAGGCCCUGCAGGCCCUCGAGGACUGGUACCAGUUCUACCUGAUCCCCGGUGCCGCCCACUGCGGAACCAACUCGCUCCAGCCCGGGCCUUACCCUGAGAACAACAUGGAGAUCAUGAUCAACUGGGUCGAGAACGGCAACAAGCAUCCCGUCUCAAUGCCACCGUUUCUUCGGGUACCUACGCUGGCGAGACCCAAAUGCUUUGCCAGUGGCCCAAGCGCCCUCUCUGGCGCGGCAACUCUACCUUCGACUGUGUCAACGACGAGAAGUCCAUUGACAGCUGGACCUAUGAGUUCCCGGCCUUCAAGGUUCCUGUAUACUAGUGUGCUUGUGUCAUUACUACUUUCCACUCAUCUUCUAUACCGAGUGACGAGAUUUGAGAACCCGAUUGGCUUCUAA